UAGUGGGUUCAGCUGAAAAUGACGUGGAUUUUCGUAUGUUUUGUAGUGCUACAGGCAGCAUUUUGCAAGGCGGAAAUGGAAAACGAAAUAUUUGUGUACAGCAGAUCUGAUGGAAGCAUGACUAAGUUGUUGCAGCUGGAACACAAGCUGCUGAGUAGCUUGGAAGUGAUGGCCAAAGACAUGCAGCAGAAGCUAAAUAUGAUAAAGCUCUACCAGCUGAUGUUGGAGCGUAAGCCGCUGCGUAGCCCCGAAAAGCAAGAGGAAUAUGUUGCAAAUCCCCUAAACGCAUUUACAUUGCUGAGACGGUUACAGCAGGACUGGCCCAAAUGGCUGGCGUACCUUGCAAAUCAGGCCAAAAUGGAAGAGAUGCAAAAGCUGCUGGAGCAGGUGCCAAGCGAGAAAGAUUUGAAGACAGCAAUUGAGGGCUUAUUGCGCAUUGAGAGUGUCUACAAUCUGGAGACAUCGCACAUGGCCAAGGGCAUGCUCCUCGACAAGCAAUACGACUCCUAUCUCACAACACCCGAUUGCUUGGUCCUGGCGGACACUCUCCUCAACAGCACAGAGUUCGCCAGAUGUGCGCAUUGGUAUCGCACGGCACUGCGACUAUACAAGCAGCCCUAUGAUAAGCUGUUCAGUCGAGUGCUCGGCUUGAAGCGCAAAAAGCUAUACAGAAAGUAUGCUCAGGCCAUUGUCAACGAGCCGGAUGUCUCGCACACGCCGCGAGUGGCUGGCAUAGAGCCCGGCUGGCAAGAAAUGGCUGAUAAAAUAACGAAGAAUCUUGUUCGUGAUGCCAGCAGCGAUAAAAUCGCUCUGAUGGUGGAUAAGUAUCUGGCAGUAGACGAAAAAGUCUUCAUUGCUCAGCGCGCCAAGUACAAGCCAAGGCCCAAAGUUAUGGAGAAGGCUUGCCGCGGACUCUGGCCAGAGCGGAAGACACAUAAUUUGACCUGCAGCUACGUCAACAAGAACUCAGCUUACUUAAAGCUGGCGCCCUUGAAGCUGGAGCAGCUGAGUUCGGAGCCCUUGAUACAGCUCUACCACGAUGUGCUAUACGAUAGUGAAAUUGCAGCUAUUCAAAAUGCGGCAGUUUCCGAAGCUGAGGCCAACAGGGUAAAGCUCAACGUAAACCAUCGAAUUGCUGAUAUGUCAGCAAUGGAUGUGCCAGAGCAUAGUGAGCUGCACGUGCUUAACUUUGCCCUGGGCCAAGGCGCAGCCACGAAAGCCUGCAGAGCGCGCAGCACUCGCUUGGCUACAGUUGUUUUCUAUGCGAAUGACGUUGAUAUUGGGGGCGCAACCAUAUUCCCAAAACUGCAGCUUGUGGUGCAGCCACGGCGAGGCAAAGCGCUGCUGUGGCACAAUUUGAAUGCAGCUGGUGUGCUAGAUCCUUUGGCGAAACAUGCUGUUUGUCCCGUGGUACUUGGCUCCAGAUGGGCCAUUACAAAGUGCAUAGAAGACGAGCAGCGGCGGCUGCCCAAGACGCUGUGCCUGGCCUGAAUAGAUAUAUAGAUUCCUCUAAAAGAUAAGA